CCCGAAUCUCGGAAGCUCGUCUCUUAUCGGGCCAUGACUCGCAUACUCUCAGAGGAGGUGUCGCCGAUAUGGAUUUUGACUGCUAUCGCAGUCAUUGCCUACACCACCGUUCGCUACCUUCGUAGUCCUCGGCGCAACCUCCCCCCAGGACCGAGAGGCUUUCCUCUUAUCGGAAACCUUUUGGAGCUUCGUGGAAAACAAUGGCUCACAUUUACUGAGCUAGGGAAGAAAUAUGGUGAUCUCAUGUACUUCAACGUCGCCGGGCAACCGCUCGUGGUCAUCAACUCCCAGAAGGUGGCAGCCGAUCUGCUUGACCGUCGUGCUGGAAAGUUCUCCGAUCGUCCGCGCAACAUCGUUGCGUCGGACAUCAUGACUGGAGGAAUGUUGGUCGUGUUCACACGUUACGGUGAUGUUUGGCGUCGAAUGCGCAAAGCUGCUCACGAGGGCCUCAACAAAGGCGUCGUGUAUAAAUACCAUCCCAUUCAGACUGCGGAAGCUGUUCUUCUUACAGCUGGUGUGCUUGCGGAACCUGAAAAAUGGAAUUCGCAUCUACGUCGCACCGCCGCUUCUGCCAUCAUGUCCAUGGUAUACGAUACGCCUCCGACUUCAGAGAAGGAUCCGUCGGUUAAAAAUAUUAACGACUUUGUUGCACGGCUGACUCGUGCUGCUAUGCCCGGUGCCCACUUCGUCGAAUUCUUCCCUUGGAUGCGAUGCAUCCCCAGCAAGUACGCUAAGUGGAAGCGCGAGGCGGAGGAAUCAUACGUCCAAGAUUCUGCGAUGUUCGAAAGGCUCUUCAACGGCGUUAAGGAUCGCGUAACCAAGGGUGAUGAGCGUCCCAGUCUCGCGAGCACUUUGAUUCAAGAUGCAGGAAGACACGAUCUGACUGACCGAGAAAACUCCUGGCUGGCCGGGACCAUGUACGCUGCGGGUGCUGAGACCACUUCAGGAGUUAUGGCCUGGUGGACUCUUGCUAUGAUUGUUUACCCCGAAACACAGAAACGAGCCCAGGCAGAACUCGAUGCUGUCGUUGGUCGUGAUCGUCUGCCUUCUUUCGCCGACUAUGAACAUUUGCCAUACAUUCGCGCAAUGGUCAAGGAGGCCCUCAGAUGGCGCAUGGUGGAUCCAGUCGGGCUUCCUCACAAGUCGACAGAAGAUGAUGUAUACGAGGGAUACUUCAUUCCUGCCGGUACUAUCCUUAUCGCCAACGUUUGGCACCUCAACAGAGAUCCGGAGAUCUAUGGGCCUGAUGCUGAACAUUUUAACCCUGCACGGCAUCUCGACAAGGACGGUAAACUAGCCCCGGGACCCGUAGACACGAAGGAGGAGAGCCACGUCACCUACGGAUUUGGGCGACGAAUUUGCGUUGGACGACAUGUAGCUAACAACUCUUUGUUCAUCGACAUAGCAAUGAUGCUUUGGGCUAUGGACAUCGAACGAGCCACCGACGAAAAGGGCGUCCCCCUUCCGUUGGAUGUUGAUGGAUGCGUUGAAGAUGGACUGGUAACCCGUCCAAUCCCUUUCGAGGUCAACAUAACUCCGAGGUUCCCGGAAGCACAGGCAAUAGUAGAACAAGAGCGAGAACUCCUUGGAUAUCACUGAAGGCUGUCGAAAACGAGUUUUUUUCUUACUGUCACAAUGUAUAAUGCAUUCCGCUGUAAAGAACAG